AUGAUUCUCCAGAAAAAAAGUCAUUCUGAAUUUUGCGGCCACACCGACUACAUUCUUGCUCGUGGAGAGGUGAAGGACGGUGACAGUAAGCUGAUUCUCAUAUGCGGUUAG